CGGGGAUCAUCCCCAAACGGCGACAUUCCGGGGAUUGCUGUUCUACACUCUCACCCUCUACUAACAGUGGUGAUCAAAUAGGCCAUUCACUCUGACUGCAGAGGCUGUGAUUACUUCGAAGAACGAAUCCGCUCUAACAAAGUUCCUCCUGUGAGCCUCUCUAUGUCAUGGACCCAAAUGAUGCCCCAGGAAACUCGGGCCAACGACGGAUCGAUCACUCAAAGAGUGCUCGAAAAACUGCCAGCGGAAUUCGUCCUGCAGCAGUAAAUAUACCUGCGGCGAUACAAGGGACAACGGCGAGGAAAGUUGGCCGUCCUGGCGCACCGCCGGUGCCGAUGCGUGGAGCUCAGCCGCCAGUGCGUCCGCCCCCGGGCCGCGGAACAGCUUCCAAGAGGGUCGAGGGGCGACCUGCCAGACCACCUGGGCCACCCGUUCAACAGCGUUCGGAAGGUGGGCAGCAAACACGACCAGCCCAUACGUUAGCUCGAAAGCAAGCUGGGCCAGUGCAGCUGCAACGUGGACAGCCUCAGUUCGCACUCGCCGCCGCGAAGGCGCAGGCUCUUGCGCAUAGGGCUACGAAGACGGUCAUAUUUCCCCCUUGGCUCGAAGCCAAUGAUGUAUCCUCAGGAACCCGGCGCCGUCGUGGCGUGGACGAUGUUGGCGGACGGAUGGCGCCUGGCCGCACCGGUAUCUCCAAUACGGCAGUGGUCGGAGGGCAGCGGAUUGGACGUGUACAAGUGGGGCCAGGGAUGAACCAGCUGCCCAGGCGUCCUAAUCGCAACGCCGAGGGUGGCAUGGACGGCUGGGUGGUUGGACCACAUCUCACUAUUCAAAGGGCCGGUGAAGAGACGCGCAGUAGUGACGACGAGGAUCUUGAGAGAUAUGAAAUUGCACGAGCUACGAAAAGCGCACGCAAGCGAUCUACCGACGUGUCCAUGCCAGGGAAGGCCGCGCGUAAAGCAGUGAUAUGGGAGUUACCUUCGCCUGCAAAGGUGGUAAGGAAGUCCCAGGCAGCUGCUGGCACUCCUGACGAUAUCAUCGACUUGGCGUAUAGCUCCGAUGAAGGCGAAGAUAGCAUUGACCAGCUCGCUACUGCACUCGAUGCACUGACGCUUGCACCAUCGCGCCUCCAGCAGUUCAAGCAACUCCCAUUCCUGUUGCGUAACCUACACAACGGUUUCAGGCACAGAUGUGAAAGGUCGGGUAUCGCAACGGCACCAAAGAGUGCCCCUACAGCGCCAGUCGGUGUUGUGUACAGGUAUGACUGGGAGGCCGGGACGCAGGAAGCGUCGGGGAGCGAAUCGGACCACAUAUACGAAGAGUGGCGGGGAGGUAUGGACACCUGGUCCUGUCCCCUCUGUCGUCUGCAUGGUCAAUUUGAUACUCGUGAGAUGUUGGCCUUCCAUCUACGACAAGAUCACAAUGAGGUCAAGGUACUAUGGAAUCAGUCUCAACGUCGAGAGGGGAUAACAUGGGAGAUCGUGCUGACGAUACCUGAUAUACCGGACGACACCGACAGCUUAGUGGAUGAAGCCUCAAGCUCUGACUCAGAAGAUGACAGUGAUGUCCUGCAUGAUCAUGCUCAAACCGAAAUCAGAGUGUCUCCGCCUCUCGUGUCGAUUUCUCCUGUGGUAGCAGCCUUGUCACCGCCCCCGGCGAUGGAAGAAGCACAGCGGCGCUCUCCCAUACCUCCAGACAUCGUUGAUGAAGUUCCUGGGCCUCCGCAACGGCCGCUCUCUCCAAUUCUCAUACCGAAGAAGUUCCGCGAGCCUUCCCCGACGCCAUCCAGUACUGCUCAAGCUACUACCCGGACUCGUUCGACAACAGGCCCCCCACGGAGGCAGCACACAUUAUCUACGAGAGGCUCCUUGCCUGCGCGUUACCCUUCACCCCCUCCCCCAUCGGAUCUCCUCGGCCCUGCAGCUCAGUAUCCAUACAUACCGGACGGCGAGUACUCGUGCCGCCCUGGCGGUCCAAAAGUAUAUGACCUGUUGAGUUCAUUGGCACUAGAGCCGUUCGGUGUACUCUCGUGGAUGAUCGUGGACAGGGAGGAAGAACUAUUUGAACUUGACGACGUACGAGAUGAGGACAAGGUGAUGAUGGCCCUCUGGAAUCGGUGGAUUAUGCUGCAUCGGUCCGAAUACAUCUUCAAGGGCUAUCUCAAGGGGAUCCUCGCUUUCGUAGACGAAUAUUGGCGCACAAUACACCGUGCGGCCGGGUGGGGAGCCCUCCGCGCAUUUCUCGUUAUGCUUGUAGCAAAUAGAUUUUUGUCCGCCUCCGAAGUGGUCAAAGUGUUGAAACAUUACGAGUCACAUACAGGGAUGGAAUACUGGUACCAGGACGCCCCAUCAGAGGAGCCAAAUUAGUGGAGGUCGUGUCUCAUGUAAAUCUAUCUCUAUCUUCAUUACGCUAUCCGUAUUGUCAAGUACAACUGCGUCGAGCUCCCAGCGAAGCUGUUGCCU